AGGAGCUGUGGGCGCCGACGGUGCCGGCGGGCGCCCAGGUCCUUGCCACCCCUCCACCCAAGGAGGCGGCUAGCCAGGAACUCACCUCGCCAGCCAGCCCAGGCCAUCCGCCAGCCACAGACAUCAGCUCGCCGUUCCGAGCGGACGCGCCGGUCUUCGUGCCCAAGCAGUCGUCCGCCGAGCCGCCGUCUCCAGCGCACCCGCGGCCCGAGGCCGCAUCCCGUGUCGGCAGCCUGGGCUGCCCGCAGCUGCUUAGCUCGGCCCUGGGCUACGGCAUGCCCGCGACCACGCCGACCGUGAGCAUGUUCGGGGACUUUGCCCAGAACGUGGUGCCGGACUCCCUCAGGCGGGCCGCGGGCCGCCGCCGCUUCACCUAUCGCUCAACGUAUCCGCGUAACCUAUCCGCUUCACCUCAUCGAGCUCGUGGGGCGGGGCAUGAGCUUAACCUGUCGCUUGACGAAUCCCCAUCGCUUACCUGCUCGUUGCGCGAGCAGCAUUCGCUCGGAUUCCCACCGCCUGCGCCUGCAGCUGUCCAGCCAACAGGGGUAGCGGUAACCGCCC